AUGGCCAAAAAGUUCAUGGAACUACUUGAGUUGAAGUACCGAACUACCAGCGAGAUACUGGGAAAAGGCAGCACUUGGAAGACUCCUCCACGACGAAGUCUGAGGGUCAGCUGUCCAGUCAAACACUGUGGAGAAACGCUGGAGGUCACCUGGUGUAAACUCUUUGACUCAAACAUCUGUGAACGGAUUCAUGAAGCAAAAAAUGUGAAGAUAACACAGAAUCCUGAUAAGGAUAAGCUGAUGUCAUAUUUAAAUUUCAAGGAGAUUUCCAUUCAUGAUGAUGGUCUGUACAGAUGUGGUUUGCUAGGACAUAAUGGGAGCGUAAUCAGCCAUACCAUCAACAUCUCAGUAUCAGACAUGUACGAGGGGAUUGAAAACCCCGAUAAUAACGAUAAAAAUGCAGGAACAACACCGAGCCCUGAUCACAAUGAGGAUAAAAACUGGAUGCCAUACUUCUACAUUUGUUUUAGCAUAGUGCUUCUUAUUCUCAUACUGACUGCCCUCAUCUUCCUGAGUUCUUGUGACUGGAAACGAGUGCUGUCCUUAAACUACGUAAAGGGAGAGGAAAUGCCCACUCUUAUGAUACCAGACCUCCCUAAAUGGAGCCCUCCUUCCACUCCUGUCCCACUGACCAACUUGUCUGUUUUAAAUGACAUCUAUUCAUCAUAUACUCCAGAAAGAUCAGUAUCACCAGCUGCCCAGCCCUGUUCGAACCAGAUUUCAGCUUCAAAUCCAGCACUUAAAUAUCAAGACUGUGAAGUAUAUGGUAUCAUCAACCAUAGACACGCUACCAAACAGGGUGGAAAAUAUCACAACAUGACUAACCAAGUUAAACCCCCAGAGUCUUCUUUUACUGCUGAAAGACCAGAAUCACCAGCUCGCCAGCCGCAUGAGUACCAGAUUUCAGCUUCAAAUCCAGCAGUCAGAAGUGAAGACUAUGCAACGUAUGCUAUCAUCAACCAUGGCAAACCUGCUGGAAAACAGCACACCGUGACUAACCAAGUUAAAAACCCAGAGUAUGCUGUCAUCAAAUUUUCCUGA